CAUGACCUCCACCUUGGAUGGCUUAGAGGAGAAGCAGUAUUGUCCCCUGCUACAGAUCAUGCGGAAGCACAACCUCAACAACAACACAGAGGCCAAUUUGGUUGUAGUUUGCUUCCACGGUCUGGUCUCCUGCUUAGGGAUUUUGGAGAACACCCUGAUCCUUUGGGUGGUGGGCUUCCGCCUACGGCGCCGUACUGUAGCUUCAGUUUGGGUGCUCAACCUGGCCAUGUCUGACUUCCUAGCCACCCUGACACUUCCCUUCUUCACUCACUACCUUAGCUCCUCCCACAGCUGGGAGCUUGGCAGCCUACUUUGCAAAAUACAGGCUUCCAUCUUCUUCUUGAACAUGUUUGUGUCAGCCUUUCUGCUGGCAGCCAUUUCACUGGACCGCUGCAUUCUGGUGGUCAAACCAGUGUGGAGCCAGAAUCAUCGGUCAGUGGCAGGAGCGUGGAAGGUGUGUGUACUGGGUUGGCUAUGGGCAGCAAUUAAUACAUUUCCUUACCUCCUGUUCCGCUCAGUGACUGAGAAACUGGAUGGGAGGAAACUGUGCUAUCAUAAUUUUGCAAUGUAUUCAACCAUGCUUGAGAGAGACUGCAAAGUGAGGCAAGCAGCAACAGCCAUCUCUAAGCUGUUGCUAGCAUUCUUGUUCCCCCUGGUGGUGAUUGCAGGGAGCUACAUCCAAAUUGUUCUCAGCCUGAGAAACAGAAGCAGGAAAAGGAAGCAGAGUACCAACAGGUUAACUGAUACACUGAUUGUGUCAAACAAUGCAAGUACCCCUACAACCACAAAAAACACCAAUAUCUUUCUCAAGCCUCUGGCUUCUGAUCCAUCAUUGUCUCUGGCACCUACUUCCUUGUCCCCCACCACUACCCCUAAUCAGAACAGUCAAGGCCAGUUGUCUAAGAGCUUCACCAAGAUGGUAACAUUUGUGAUCGCAGCAUUUGUACUGUGCUGGGCUCCCUAUCACAUCUUCUGUAUGAUUGAAGUAACAGCCCAGUAUUGGCGCCCAAAUCUCAAACUGGUAGAGGUGGGGCUGCCCCUGGCCACAACCAUUGCAUUCUUGAAUCCAGUGUUGAACCCCAUUCUGUAUGCCUUCAGCUGCCCAAACUUCUGUGUGAGAAUACGACAGAGUCUGGGAGCGGUGUUUGACGGACUGGUAGAGGAGGGAGGAGGGAUACUGAUGGCCCAAAGUAGAAAUAUACGAGCUCAUAUUAGGCGGAAGAGCAGUCGAGAUGUGAGCUUUGCAGUGCCAGGGUCACCAAAGGGUUCACAUUCACCCCGUCAAUCACCUGACAUUCCACCCCCUUUCAUGCCCUCUCAUCAUGGCCUCAAAGACAGUCAAACAGAGAAAUCAGGACAAGAAUCAAAAAGUGAGGUGGAAUGUAGUUGAAAUGCCAAAAGUAUUGGAUUUGUGGCUUUAUAUUUGUUUAUAA